AUGUCAGAAAGACCUGCUCCUCCUCAAUUACCUCGCGGCUGGAAAGCUCAAUGGGAUGAAGAAUACAAAAGAUAUUUCUACGUCAAUGAAAAAACCGGUGAAUCACAAUGGGAUAUUCCAGCUGAUGAAGCUCAAGGUGGCUAUGAUUCCAACAGAUCAGAAAUAAAAGCAGAAAGUGUACCUGCCCCAUCUUCUGCUCCAAAUGAUGAUAAUGAACAAACCGACAGAGGUAUUGGUAGUUUUGUCAUGAACCAAGCUAUGAAUUCCAUGACUGGUGGCAGUAAUAAGAAACAAAGUGGUCUUGAAUCAUUUGUCAUGAAUCAAGCCAUCAACCAUUACAUGGGUGGUAAUAAGAAACAAGAUAAGACCAGUUCAGGUGUAGGUGCCUUAGUUGGUAGUUUAUUAUCUGGCGGUAAAAGCAACAACAAUAAUAAUAACAAUUACAACAACAAUAAUUACAAUAAUAAUAAUGGAGGUCAUCAACAAUCUGGUGGAUUUGGUCAAAUGCUUGGGGAUUUAUUAGGUGGUGGUAAGAACAAUAACAACCAAGGCGGUGGCUACAAUCAUCAAGGUGGUGGCUACAACAACAACGGUGGCUACAACAAUGGUGGUGGAUUCAACAACGGUGGAUUCAACAACCACAAUGGCGGUCCAAACAAUCACCACGGCGGUCCAAACAAUCACCAUGGUGGAUAUAACAACAAUGGUGGUUUUAAUACUGAUAACAGUUUUGGUUAUGGUGGUGGUAGAAACGAUAACCGUUGGUAA